AUGUCAAACAACAACAGUUAUAGAACGGUGUACGCGUUCGCCAGAGAAAUGUAUCCAAAGAAAAAGGACACCUAUUUGCAAUAUGGGACAGCGGGUUUUAGGACCAAAGCUACCGAAUUGCACCAUGUAAUGUACCGUAUGGGGUUAUUAGCUGUCCUUAGGGCAAGGUACAAAAAAGGAGUAAUAGGGGUUAUGGUCACUGCUUCUCACAAUCCAGAGGCAGAUAAUGGGGUAAAAAUUAUUGAUCCACGAGGGGAGAUGCUUGAAGAGGCCUGGGAAUCAUGGGCCACCAAGUUUGCAAAUGUUGUCGACGAAAAACUCGAAGACACGAUCAACGAAGUGAUCAAAUUAUUUAACAUAGACAACAUGAACGACAGGGUCGAAAUAGUGAUAGGAAAAGACACCAGGCCGAGCAGUCUGCCUCUCGCGAAAGCCGUUCAAGAUGGCGUCCUGGCUCUGUCCGGCAAACCGAUAGAUUAUGGAAUAGUGACGACGCCUCAAGUGCAUUAUUUCGUCGUUUGUAAGAACACUAAUAGGGCUUACGGGCAGCCCACUGAAGAAGGUUAUUAUAGGAAAUUGAUAAACGCGUUUUUGCGAGUAAGAGGUGAUAAGUACAAUAAGGGUAACUAUGAGAAUAGGCUGAUGUAUGAUGGUGCUAAUGGUGUAGGUGCUAAGAAAGUUAAAUAUUUAAGGGAAGUGCUAAAGGAGAGCCUGUUAGUGGAGAUGUACAAUGACGAAAUAAUCGGAUCUGGAAAACUCAAUCAUUUAUGCGGAGCCGACUACGUAAAAUCUCAGCAAAAAUUCCCGAACGGCGUGCCCAAAGAAAAGAACACGCGUUGUUGUUCUGUAGAUGGGGACGCAGAUCGGAUAGUUUAUUACUAUUUAGACGACAAUGAACGAUUCCAUCUUCUUGAUGGCGAUAGAAUAGCGACCCUAGCGGCGUCUUAUCUUAAGGAGCUCCUCCAAAAGACGGGGCUCGAUCUCAAAAUAGGCCUGGUGCAGUCCGCGUACGCUAAUGGGGCUUCCACCGAGUACAUAUCUAACAAAUUAAAUAUUUCCGUGAGUUGCACCGCAACCGGCGUGAAACAUUUGCAUAGGAAGGCUUUGACUUACGACAUUGGCGUCUAUUUCGAAGCUAACGGUCAUGGUACAGUGGUUUUUAGUAAUAAUGCUAAGCAGAAACUGGUUGCGACUGCGAGAAAUAAUAGUACGUCCGCAGACCAUAAAGAAGCUUGCUUUAAACUCCUGGACGUGAUAGAUUUGAUAAACGAAACUGUAGGAGACGCGAUUUCCGACAUGCUGUUGGUAGAGACGAUUCUGCACGAAAGAGGAUGGGACGUCAAACAGUGGGAGGAGUGUUACACCGAUUUGCCUAAUAAAUUAUUGAAAGUGACUGUCAAGGACCGUAACGUCGUAACUACAACCGAUGCGGAAAGAAUUUGCGUCACCCCGGAAGGUCUACAAGACGAAAUCAACACCAUAGUAUCUAAAUAUAAGAAGGGUCGUUCCUUCGUGAGAGCUUCCGGUACAGAAGAUAUAAUCAGAGUGUACGCUGAGGCAGCUACCAAAGAAGAUACUGAAUUGUUAGCCAUAGAAGUAGCGCAAAAGGUGUACGAGCUCGCAGGUGGUAUAGGACCUGCUCCAGAACUGCCUAAUUGA